AUGGAGUCAACUCAGACGAACCAAGAAACAACAAACACCAAGUCAUCCGAGGACUAUAUUUCUACGGACAAUGGCGACCAUGAAAGCAACGAUUCGGUCACGAAUCCCAAGGCGAGCAUUGACAUCGAUGCCGCCCCAGAUGGCGGAUAUGGAUGGGUGAUUGUUGCGUGCGUGUUCUGGCUACAAGUUCACACCUGGGGUAUCAAUGGGAGUUAUGGCGUCUUUUUGUCCUACUACAUGGACAACAACAUCUACCCCGGCACGAGUUCACUCGCCUACGCCUUCAUCGGCGGUCUCGCCAUCGGCUGCGCCUACCUGAUGGCACCCGUCACCGUGUUCCUCAUCCGCCGAUAUGGCACCCACGCGACAAUUAUCACGGGAAUCAUCAUCCAAACAGCUGGACUGAUCCUCGCCUCUUUCACCACCCGCGUAUGGCAGCUCUUUCUUACAGAGGGCGUCUGCUUCGGCGUCGGCAUGGGCAUCAUCUACAUGACCUACCUUGGCGUUCCACCCCAGUGGUUCGACAAGAAGAGCAGCGUUGCAAACGCCAUUCCCGCCGCUGGUGCCGGAACCGGUGGUCUCAUUUACUCCCUUGGGAUUGAAGCGAUGAUCGAGAAUCUCGGUCUCCCCUGGACAUUCCGAACAUUAGCCAUCAUCUCUUUGGUCGUGAACCUCGUGUGCGCGGCCUUCCUCCGCGACCGCAACAAAGCCACCGCCAGUCGUCACGUCGCAUUUAACUUUCCACUGCUAAAGAAAUCCGAGUUUUUGCUUCUUAUCGGCUGGGCCAUCUUCAGCACCUUUGGCUUCGUCUCCAUCAACUUCAGUCUACCCAACUUUGCCAUCUCGAUCGGAUUGACCGCGCGCCAGAGCAGCGUCAUCGGCGCGCUACAUAACCUGGGACAGGGGAUCGGCCGGCCUCUUAUCGGCUUAUUCAGUGACAGACUGGGUCGGUUGAACGUGGCGACAGCUCUGUCCCUGGUAUGUGCGGUGUUCUGCUUCGCUAUCUGGAUUCCCGCUCGGAGUAUGGCCGUGUGCUGUCUGUUCGCAGUAAUGGGAGGCAUGGUCUCGGGAACAUUCUUCGCUACAGUGGCCCCCGUGUUUGUGGAGGUGAUCGGGUUGCAGGAUCUACCUGGGGCUCUCAGUAUCCUGUGGUUGGUGCUGGUAGGACCCGGGGCAGCAGGAGAGGCCAUUGCGCAAGCACUGCGACGACCGGAACAGGGAAUGGAGGCGUAUCGACAGGUGCAGAUCUUCGCAGGGAUGGUGUUUGUAGCAGCGGCGUUGUGUCUAUGGGUGGUGCGCGGGUGGAAGGUGCAGCAGCAGCGGCAGAGAGCUGUCACUCAUACAGCGGGGAUGUGUAAGGAGGUGAUGGAGGUGGAGGUGAGAGCAGAGGAGAAGUCGGGAUGGAAUGUGUUGGAGUUGGCCAGGGAGAUGGUGCGGUACUCUCGUGUAUAG